AUGGUUGCUACAUGCCGCGCCACCCACUCCGCUCGCCUCGCGCAUUUCAUUCGCAACACAGCGGGGCAGAGUCCAAGCAUUGCACAUCUGACCAACUUCGAUCUUUGUCUGCAGGCCGCACCCACCGAAAUCAAAUUUACCAUGGACGACAUGAUCAAGGAUGCAAUCAAGAACGACAAGGAAAACCUCCGGGGUGGCGUUCUUGACACCCCGGCCAACAUUGCUCGUCUGAACAAAGCCAUCGCUCGAGGGGCCAAGAAAGGUGUUUUCGCUCUGCCCAAGGGCGCCAGCGGCAAGGUCAAACUAGCCAAACCCGUCAAACCCGUCUCGGAAGUCAAAGAGCCCAAACCAGCCCCCAAAGCCGCCAAGCCUGCCAGCAAGCCCGUCGCUAAGAAGCCCGCCGCCGAGAAAGUAAAGGCCCCAGCCGCUGCCAAGAAGGUAACCAAGAAGGUCCCCACUGCCCCCACAAAGAAAGUCGCCGCCGCUAAGGCAAGGGCGCCAGCGGCAAGGUCAAACUAG